CGGAAGAGCUGCACGAUGGCGUCCACCUUAGCGGUUCUUCUGCUCCUGUCUGCGUGUUUAUUCAGGGGAACAGUCGGUGAUGAUGAUUGUCGGGACUACCGCGACAGGAGUGGGAACUACAGGCCCUCGAAUAGCUGCGUUUUUUUGGAGCACUGCUGUGGAACCUGCGAUAACAGAUGCUGCUGCUCGAAUCUACAUAAUAAGUUAUCUGAGAAUGAUCAAGAUAUCUGCAGUUUUGACAGUGGUGCUGCCACUGGCAAACAUGUUGCUGCUGUUCGCAAACGUCGCACUUCCAAUCUCGAACAUGGUGCUAACAUUAUUAAGAGUAGUGCUGACAUGGUCACCGGUGGUGCUGCCAUUGUCACCGGUGGUAUUCUCAUUGCCAAAAUUGCUGCUGCCAUUGGCGUGGCAGUAGUGGGUUUUGUGAUCAUCACUGUACUCCUCAUCUGCUGCUUCCACUCCCGCUGCUAUUUCUAUAAAUUGUGUAGACGACUCAGACCUGGGGUUGGAAUGCAAAUAACCACAGUCACGAAUAUGCAAAACAUUCAGCAGCAGCCUGCAGUGCAGGCGGUCCAGUACCCACAAUACAAACCAGUGCCGACUCAACCAGGUUACGGUGGUCAGCCAAUGCAGAUGGGACCAUUUCAGGGACAGCAAUAUGCACCAGGACCCCCACCCUCAUAUCAAGUGGCCUCUGGGGUAGGAACGCAAGUCAUGAAUAUGCAAUGCAUUCAGCAGCGGCCUGCAAUGCAGGUGGUACAGCACCCACAAUGCCAACCAGUGCCGACUCAACCGGGUUGUGGUGGUCAGCCAAUGCAGAUGGGACCAUAUCAGGGACAGCAAUAUGCACCAGGACCCCCACCCUCAUAUCAAAUGGCCCGUAAGAACACCUAGUACUACAACCAUGUAGUAGUAAUCUUGGGAGUAUGAAGCAGAAUGCAUUUAUCUGACUCUAUGUCUGACUCUAUGACUGUGUGGAAAGUUACCGGUUAGGAGAUGUAACCUUGAAGGCUGGUGAAGAGAUAUAAGUUGGAGUGAGCCCUGCUUUCUUGGUCGCACUCUGCAGCAACCUGUGUUUCUGUAUGACUGUCUGACCUUCUUUUCAAAGAAUAAACUUA